AUGGCCAACCACACACAACCACAAUCAAACCCGUAUGAUAAGCACAUUAAUAUGUUUCCACCACUGAGGGUACGGGAGUCCUCGCACAAACUAGGAAAUUCCAAUUCAGAUAGGCAUGGUUUGCCCGCUCAAAAUAUAGUACCUGCACCCUAUCCAGUGGAUGACCCUAUAAUCGAGCUCACACCAGCCAUUCCAUUUACGUCUCCUUCAUCAUCCUCAUCACUAUCACUGUCUUUGAGUGCGUUGAAUUUUACAGAUAGCAAUGUCGAUGGUGGUCAAUUAGGCACUCCGGUUACUAUAAACAGUAAUAAUGGCAUGUAUAUUUUUAAUUCCAAGUCAGUAGGUGAAAUAGGAGAUAAUAGUAACGAUAGUAAUAGCAUCAGCAAUAGAUAUGAACUUCCCUUCAACUUUAGUUCCACAAAAGGCGGUUUGAGCACACCAACUGCUCAAGAAAUAUCUAUUGGUAAUGGAAGCCGAAUAGCAGAGACUUUAAGGGACAGUUCAGCGCCACCACCUUAUGAGGAAUCUGAGGCUAAAACAUUGCAAGAAAAAAUUUACAGAACAGAGGAAAAAGCUCCCAUACGACCUUUGGAAAAUAGACCCGUCCCACCACAAAAAAUCAACCAAUCAACCUCUAACAACAUCACAAAGACUGAGACUAAUGACUCUUCUGGUAGUAAAGAUGAACUCUCUACAUACUCAUCGGAGGCCUUAGCCUUUUAUCAAGUGUACAAGAAGACUAUCAACGACUCUUCAAACUUUACUCCUGAGAUACAAAUGCAAUGGUGUGAAACGUUACUCACGUAUGCCUUUAAAGAAAACUUCAUAUCACAGUAUAACAUAAACGCAGAGAAACUGAAAAGGUGUUUGAGACCUGAGGAAAUGUUGAAAAAUCAGAAAGUCAUAUUGGAGCAUUCAUUCAAAGUGCUCACAAAAUUAAUUACAUUAAAAUGGCCCCCUGCCAUGUACUUGAUGGGGACUUUGUAUUCACAUCAACCGUACUUGCCUAUCAAGAACAAAAAUAUUGUUAUUAAGAAUGAUGAAAAGGCUCUCGAAUACUAUUGUAAAGCUGCAAAAUUAAACAAUUCAGAUGCCUGCUAUCGUGCAGGCAUAUGCUUUGAAUAUCAAAGAGGAACUUCGUCCUUGGAUCCACCUCCGACUAAGGAACAAAGCAUAAGGACCGCUUUUCAAUACUACCAACAAGGUGCGGGCGUUUGUUCCAAUUCUGCCUGUAUGUAUAAAUUAGGGAUGAGUCAUUUGUACGGGUUGAACAUGCAAAAAACCGAUGUAUUGCUAGCUAUCAAAUGGUUCGAUGAAGCUACGCAAAAUGGUGACUCUCCGCAAACGUUAUAUGAACUGGGUAAAAUAUAUGAGUUCACUGUUCUGCCAUCAGAAAUUCAAAACUUGUUAUUUGCUAACGGCAUACGAAGAGAUCCUCAACUGGCCGUUAAAUAUUAUCACCAAUGUGCCAAAGAUUUUGAGUACCCUUUAGCCCAGUGGAAACUAGGCAAUUGUUACGAAUUUGGGGACUUAGGAUUGCCAGUAAUUGCCAAAAAAUCUAUAAGUUGGUACUCCAAAGCUGCUGCUGCUCAGCCAAGAGGGAACCCAAUGGCAAUGCUUUCCUUGAGUGGAUGGUAUUUAACGGGUGCACCAAACGUUUUGAAACCAAAUAAUAAAGAGGCAUUAAAUUGGGCCUUGAAGAGCAGCAAGUGUUCAGACGGUAAAUUAGCCCGCACUGAAUUUGCACUGGGAUUUUAUUACGAAAAGGGUAUUGGUUGUGAAGUUGAUUUAAACCUGGCUAAACAAUACUACCACAGAGCUGCAAGAAUGGGUUUUAAGAAGGCAGUUGAUGCACUUCGAAAUUUGACGAACUGA